UUCCGCCGUCGGUGCUAGAGGGCGACCGCGGGGCGCCGAGCCCGCCUGGCUCGGCGGCUCCGGAGCGCGGAGGCAGCGCGGAGGGGCCGCCGCCGCCGCCGCCGCCAUGGGCAACGCGGGGAGCGUGGACUCGCAGCAGACGGAGCUCCGGGCGCACAGCGUGCCCCUCAAGCUGCCCAUGCCCGAGCCCGGCGAGCUGGAGGAGCGCUUCGCCGUCGUGCUGAAUGCGAUGAACUUGCCGCCCGACAAAGCCCGGCUGCUGCGGCAGUACGACAACGAGAAGAAGUGGGAGCUCAUCUGCGACCAGGAAAGGUUUCAAGUGAAGAACCCUCCGCACACGUACAUCCAGAAGUUGAAGGGCUAUCUGGACCCGGCAGUGACCAGGAAGAAAUUCAGAAGACGAGUCCAAGAGUCUACUCAAGUACUCCGAGAACUGGAAAUUUCUUUGAGAACAAAUCACAUUGGAUGGGUCAGGGAGUUCUUGAAUGAAGAAAACAAAGGCCUGGACGUUCUGGUGGAGUACUUGUCGUUCGCACAGUACGCAGUCACUUUUGACUUCGAGAGUUUGGAGAACAAUGUGGAAAACUCGAUGGACAAGUCCAAACCUUGGAGCCGAUCUAUUGAAGACCUGCACAGAGGCAGCAAUUUACCCUCGCCAGUUGGCAAUAACAUCUCCCGCUCUGGCAGGCACUCGACUUUACGGUACAAUACCUUGCCAAGCCGAAGAACGCUAAAAAAUUCCAGAUUAGUGAGUAAAAAAGACGAUGUUCACGUCUGCAUCAUGUGUUUACGGGCCAUAAUGAACUACCAGUACGGAUUCAAUAUGGUCAUGUCGCAUCCACAUGCUGUCAAUGAAAUUGCACUAAGUUUGAACAACAAGAAUCCCAGGACAAAGGCCCUCGUCUUAGAACUCUUAGCUGCUGUUUGUCUCGUCAGAGGAGGGCAUGAAAUCAUUUUGUCUGCGUUUGAUAACUUCAAGGAGGUGUGUGGAGAGAAACAGCGCUUUGAGAAGCUGAUGGAGCACUUCCGAAAUGAAGACAACAAUAUAGACUUUAUGGUGGCCUGCAUGCAGUUCAUCAACAUCGUUGUCCACUCGGUGGAGGACAUGAACUUCCGAGUCCACCUGCAGUAUGAAUUUACAAAACUGGGCCUGGACGAGUACCUGGACAAAUUGAAACACACAGAGAGCGACAAACUGCAGGUGCAAAUUCAAGCUUAUCUGGAUAACGUUUUUGACGUGGGAGCAUUACUGGAGGACGCCGAAACCAAGAAUGCAGCCCUGGAAAGAGUUGAAGAACUGGAAGAAAAUAUUUCCCAUCUAUCUGAAAAACUCCAAGAUACGGAGAAUGAAGCUAUGGCAAAGAUUGUGGAACUGGAAAAACAGCUUAUGCAAAGAAACAAAGAACUGGAUGUGAUUCGGGAAAUCUACAAAGACGCAAAUACCCAGGUUCACACCUUGAGAAAAAUGGUGAAAGAAAAAGAGGAAGCCAUCCAGCGACAGUCAACGCUGGAGAAAAAGAUCCAUGAACUGGAGAAGCAGGGGACCAUUAAGAUCCAGAAGAAGGGUGAUGGUGACAUCUCUAUUCUUCCUGUGGCUCUGGCCUCUGGGAUGGUGCCGGCAGGCUCAGAGGCUGUGGCUGGCGCGUGUGUCACACCGGUUGCUGGAGCAGCAACUUCUGUCCCCUUGCCACCACCUCCACCACCAUUACCAGCCUUAGCAGCAGCAUCUGAGGCAGUGCAAAACGGCCCUGUGACGGUGCCAAUGCCGCCUCCACCCCCGCCUCCACCGCCGCCUCCACCACCACCGCCUCCUCUCCCAGGUCCAGCUUUGGACACCGCUCCUGCGGCUCCGCUGCCCCCGCCGCCCCCGCCGUCAGCUCCCCCCCUGCCCGGGACAGCCUCUCCCACCGUGGUUUUCAACUCAGGGCUUGCAGCUGUGAAAAUCAAGAAGCCGAUCAAGACCAAGUUCCGCAUGCCAGUGUUCAACUGGGUCGCCCUCAAACCCAACCAGAUCAAUGGGACAGUCUUCAACGAAAUAGAUGACGAAAGGAUCCUGGAGGAUUUAAAUGUGGAUGAAUUUGAAGAAAUAUUCAAAACAAAAGCCCAAGGUCCAGCCAUUGAUCUUACUUCAAGCAAGCAAAAAAUAACUCAGAAAGGGUCGAACAAAGUCACGUUACUGGAUGCAAACAGGGCCAAAAACCUUGCCAUUACUUUAAGGAAAGCUGGAAAGACGGCAGAUGAAAUAUGCAAAGCUAUUCAUGUGUUUGACCUGAAAACGCUACCAGUGGAUUUCGUGGAAUGCCUCAUGCGGUUCCUGCCCACCGAGAACGAAGUGAAAGUGCUGCGGCUCUACGAGCGGGAAAGGAAACCCAUCGAGAACCUGUCCGACGAAGACCGGUUCAUGAUGCAGUUCAGCAAGAUCGAGAGGCUGAUGCAGAAAAUGACCAUCAUGGCCUUUAUAGGCAACUUCGCAGAAAGCAUCCAGAUGCUGACCCCGCAACUUCACGCAAUAAUAGCUGCGUCUGUCUCAAUAAAGUCAUCCCAAAAGCUUAAGAAAAUACUGGAGAUAAUCUUGGCUCUCGGUAACUACAUGAACAGCAGUAAACGAGGAGCUGUGUAUGGAUUUAAACUACAGAGUUUAGACCUGCUCUUAGAAACAAAGUCAACAGACCGAAAGCAAACCCUGUUGCACUAUAUUUCUAAUGUUGUCAAGGAGAAGUACCAGCACGUAUCCCUCUUUUACAACGAGCUUCAUUACGUGGAGAAGGCUGCUGCAGUAUCUCUUGAAAAUGUCCUCUUGGACGUGAAAGAGCUCCAGAGGGGCCUGGAUCUGACGAAGCGUGAGUACACCAUGCACGACCACAACACAAUGCUGAAGGAGUUCAUUCAGAACAAUGAAGGAAAGCUGAAGAAACUGCAGGAUGAUGCCAAAAUAGCCCAGGAUGCCUUUGAUGAUGCUGUGAAGUACUUUGGGGAGAAUCCCAAGACAACACCCCCCUCAGUCUUUUUCCCAGUGUUUGUCCGAUUUGUGAAGGCCUACAAGCAAGCAGAAGAAGAGAAUGAGUUGAGAAAAAAGCAGGAACAGGCCUUAAUGGAAAAACUUAUGGAACAAGAAGCACUGAUGGAGCAGCAGGACCAAAAGUCUCCUUCACAUAAAACAAAGAGACAGCAGCAAGAGCUAAUUGCAGAGCUCAGACGGCGACAAGUCAAGGAUAAUAGGCAUGUGUAUGAAGGGAAGGAUGGUGCUAUUGAAGACAUUAUAACAGCCCUAAAGAAGAAUAAUAUCACUAAAUUUCCAAAUGUUCACUCGAGGGUAAGGAUUUCUUCUAGCACACCGGUGGUGGAGGAUACACAGAGCUGAUCUUAGAAACCAGCCAUACCGACGGGCCGAUGCGGUGAGGAGAAGCGUCCGGCGGCGCUUCGAUGAUCAGAACUUGCGCUCUGCAAACGGUGCUGAAAUAACCAUGUGAGCUGGAGACCUGCGCGUGUAAAGUCGAGGGGGUGCUCGAGUGAUACCUUGUCCAUGUGAACUGUGUGUUCUGCCACUUACUUACAGCCUUGGGAACGGUAACGUUGCUUUCUAAAGGGCUCAAAGACCUAGAAAACGCAUAGGAACGUCAGCGAUGGGCUCUCCACUCAACUGUAGCUAACAAGUGCCUAAAACUGAAGUACCUGCUCAAAUUAAUCAAAGCAAUAGGACUUGAUUUGAUUGGGUAUCUUUUUACACCAAUACUUUAUUCAGUAUUUUUAACCAAAAUGUAAAAUAUGUGUUGUUUUUGGGUGUUUAGUUUGGUUUGAUUAUGUAAAAGUUUAGUGAUCGGUCUUCUGUUGACCUUACCUGGAUCCCGACUGGUUGUAAACAGGUAGUACUUGGAUGUGCUCUGCUGCGAGCUCCCUGAGCUCUUAAAUGCAUUCCUGCGCUGUCAGCUGAGGAAUUAACCUUGGCUUCAGAUGCACUUAUUGGCUUUUUUUUUUUUUUUAAAGAAACAAAACAUUUAAGGGCUUUUUCUGUAUGUAAUAGGGAAAUAAUGACAAGAAGAUCCGUACCUUUUUCCACCAUACACAGACUCCACACCAUAUAGGUAGGAUGUGGUAACGCGUAGGUCAGUGAUCACACGAUUUGUAACAAAUGAACACUAUUCUUCACUUUAGGAGUCUGAUUUCGGUGGUGUGCAAUGCAGGGCUAAGGCAUGAGGGAUACCUGCGGGGACAAACGCAUUGCAAAUGCACAGGAGAAUGGUGGAUACGGCAGUUACUAUGUUCUUCAGAUAGAGGCAGCUUUUGAGUAACAGUGUAUUUAUUAAUUAGCACUAAGGUAUUAACAUCUCAGUAAUCAGUAUUAGGCUUCUGAGGACCAUUACAGUUCAGUUACUAGCACAGAGAAAUCAUCCUGUGCCCUGCUGUGUAGGAUUAACAUCCCCUUACAACUGAGUUUGCAUCUACGUUGUAACCCCCCGGCGUCCUUUGACAAUCGAGUUCAAAUUAAGUCCUAAGGUUUGUUUGUUGGGUUCAUUUGUUCAGUAGCACGCCAGAGAGGUUCUACAUUGCAUUUCCAAAGCGUAAAAAGGGACGGUAACGACGCUGUGCACUCCCCACUGCCAGUUUGCCCCAGUACCCCAGAGUAACGAGACACAGCGCUCUGUGCCGGCAGGGUACUCGAUUUUCUCAGACGUGAAGAACUGGACUGCAGAUAAAGUUGUACUUUCCAAGAUACAUUUUGCUUACAGCUUACCUUUCCUGGUAUCGUUGCAUCAAUAUGUUAAUUGUAAAAUUUAUUGUAUAGUAUUUAACCACUGAAUUUCUUUUCUUUUAUGUUGUGCUUAUGUGAACCACUGGUGAAGGUCCCAUUUUUCUUGGAUAAUGUGUAGUUAUAUGAUAAUCUGUUUUUAAAUGUACAGAUAUUUUGCUACGAAAUUGGUGCAGUUUUUUUAUGGUUUUUACACUUCUCUUUUAUUCCCACUUUAGCCUCUGGGUAAUAUUGUAAAUAUUGUUUAAAAAAAAUGCAUCAGCCUGUGCUAUACAAUCUGAAUGUUAUUUUAACUUAUAGUUUUUGUUUUUAUAUUUAACUAAAUGGACAGUUUGGGGCUCAGUUACCACAUUGACCUCUGCUUACCUAUUUACAGGAAGUUGACUUUAAAAACUGCCACCUUCUUGCAUUUUACAGCAACAUGUACUUGACAUGCUAAAGAGAACAUGCCAAAUUGCCUCUUUCUUCACUGUUUGUGACAGAAGAGUAUUUGAAUCUGCGUAAAAAAAUUUGGCAGUUAAUUUAAUAAAUUGGUAGUCAAACGGUUUAGAACAGUAGCUUUCAUAUUAAGCUCAAAGGUAUUUUUUUAAACUUAAGACAAAAAUUCUCAUUCAACUAGACUGUAACGCUGGCAUGUUCUCUUUAAUAUUUUUCUAGUAAUAGACCUGCUUCUUAGCAAUAUUAGAAAUGUUUUAUAAAAGCAGUUCAUGUUACUUUCCUGGUCUGUUCCUGGCAUAAGAUCAAAUAAACUAUUUACACUACUA